CAAAUAAUUGUGAGGCACGCUGAAGAAGAUCCGCUGUUUGUUUCUGUUACCGCAAACGGUAAGGGAUAUGCUUUGGUUCCCAUCGGCCCCAUUGAGAAAAUUGAUUUUGGUGACGUUUUUACUUCGACGAUGGCGGAGAAAAACAUUCUCUUACGUAAUGAAGGGAGGCGGGAUGUUGAGGUGUUGUGGAGUGGCGCUCGUGCAAGGGCGGGCGGUUUAUCUCCUGUGUUCCGCAUCGUUCCUGAGACUGUUGUGAUUGGCGCCGGAAACAGCUGCACCUUCACUGUCCAAGGCUUGGUAGAUGAGGCCGGGGUUUUCACGGAAGAAUUUCUUUUGAAGGAUAAGAAGGAGUUCCGACUGAUAUUCACCACAUGUGUCACUGGGAACUUUGUUUUGCCUGUCAUUGCCUACAGCAAGAAACGGAUUGUCUUUGAUUACGUCUACGGCGCAGAGGGUGAAACGGGAAAUGCGGUCAUAAUGAAGACGUUUACCAUGAAGAACACAACAACUCAAUCUCUGGAUGUGACACUCAAACGCGUGGAGAAAUCAGGUGAGGCAGCUUCUCCAUUCACGUUGGUCAGCCCAAAAUCCUUCACUCUUAUGAGCGGUGAAACGCAAAUUGUUGCCGUCAACUGUGACGCCUGCUACCGUCACGACAAUGUCGCUCACACGGCGAAGGGUAGGAUAUUGGUUGCAUUCGCCAAUCAUCCCUUCAGUGAGUAUGUGAGCUUGUUGGCCAAUAUUGCAUUCCCAUCCAUCCGCAUUGAACCAGAGGACCGGCAAGUAAAAUUCGGCUCUAUUCUUACAAAUACGGAGGGACGCUCAGAGCUUACUCUUACAAACUUGUCACCUGUUGUUCCGGCUGAAUUUUAUUGGAGUAUCGAGUACCGCAGCGAGGUCCCUUCGGAGCAGCCACAGCGAGAUCAGAAGCGUUUUGACUUUGUUCCCUUUCGGGGGGUAAUUCCUCCAGGAGGAAAACGUGUUGUUGAGGCUGUUUUUUACGGCACCCGAGGUCGACAUGAUGCCACGGCAACAUGUACUUUAAAAGGGGGACCAAGUUACAAUGUGAGUCUCAUUGGUUGGAGUGAUGUCACCGUACGGUUUGAAUCCACAAGUCUUGAUUUUGGUGUGAUGCAUUACUUGGAAAGGGCGAAUAAGACCAUCUCCAUCUUCAGUCCUUCUCGCGUUGCCGUUCCAUUUACUGUGAACACUAUCGCACUCAAACAACCUGGAUCGAUAGUGGUGAGGCCCAUGAAGGGUGUGGUAAGCAAUAAAGUCGUUUUGACCGUCUCGUUUUGCCCGAUGGUUCCGGAUGAGGUUGUAGAGACAUUCUUCGUGCAGGUUGGUCAUCUUGACCCACAACUCAUCACAGUUCGGGGGUUGGGCCAAGCACACACGAUCAUGUUGUCUACUUCCGACAAACAUGUGAAGCUGAACCGUAUAGAAGAUUCACAAUACCUUCGUUGCAUGGAAGAACUCAAGGACAAGGAGUGGGUGCCGUACCUUGAGAAGUCUGGCUUCCCGUGUGCAGCACCGAAUGUGCUCCCUGUUGUACUGGAGGCGGAGCGGCAGGCGUACUGUCGUAAUCUGCUUCUUGCAGCAACGAACUUAACAGCGGGGGCUUCCGUGACUGAACAUAUUGAGGAAUUUCGUGCGGAUACUUCGAAAAGGGAGAGGGGUGUUCUCGCAAGGUAUGUUAUUGACUUUGGGCACAUAACGCGGUUGGAUGUGCGUACCAUCAAUGUGUCACUGGUCAAUACGUCCAUUUACCCCGUGGGUGUCAUACUGGACAAGCAGGUGAUGGAGCCAGGGCCAUUGUGUGUAGAGCCGCGAAAGAUACCCACAAUAUCUCCAUUUUCAGAGACUAAAAUAGCGCUCACUCUCUUCUUUGGCGACACUGGAAACGUUACAAAUGGCGCAAAUCAAUUGGAGUUCUUCUUGGAUAUUCAUAAAGGACCGCGCAUUUUAGUUGAGGUGCGUUGUUUUGUUGCGACGCCAGCACUAACACCGUGUGAAACAGUGCUUGACUUUGGUGAUAUGCUUCUUGGACGAGUCAAGAACCUUCCGCUUCACUUCUACAAUAAGGAGGAUAUACCAUGUACAUGGCGAAUGACAUUGAUUGAGCCUAAGCAGAAGCCCGGUGCAAAAAAGGAGAUCGACACCGCGAAUCCUGUUAACCCUCCUCUUGUUGUUGCCUCCAGACGGCAGUUCAAGGUUCAUAAAGAACGAGGAACGCUCCCUCCUCAGUGUGGCAUGAGCAUUAUGGUGAGUUUCAUGUCCUUUAUUCUUGGCCCUGCAAAAACCAAAUUACGCCUACGCUACGCCUCAAACCCGGAAGAGCAAUACGUGGUAUUAAAAGGCAACGUUGUGGGAGUAAAUGUGGAGCUGUCUCCAUCCCAACUGGUUUUUCCAACGGUGUUUCCAUGCCAGACCGUGAAACACUGCUUUACCAUUAAAAACAACGAGGAUCGACCUGUGGAGGUGUUUAGCAAAAAUUUUGAUGAGAAGCAUCGUGUAUGUGUCGGCAUUCUGCAACGUGCCCUGGCGACGCAAAAAUCAAACUCCGGAGGUGAAGGCGAGAUUCAUCUGCCCAUUCGAGAGGCCGGUGAUUCUCUGCCGGAACCUUUUCUGGAUUUCUUUUUUACGGAGCUUCAACGAGAGGAGCGGGCUCUUGAGUACAGGGAUACGGAUGGGUUGGAAAUCGAUUUUCAGCGUGAAUUGCGUACUGGGAGUUGCCUCUCGUCACGACGGAGACGAGCCUCGCAGGCGCGGUCGGAGCUGCAGACAUCACUGCCACGCACCCCAGAGAUCCCCGCAGGUGACGUGCCCCCAACCCAACCUAUCUCCAAGGUCAAGCCACAAAUUGUGGUCAUCACAGGGCCGCCGUUUUCAGGAAAGACAACACAAAUACGGCGGUUAGUGGAGAAAUUAAACGUGUCCCAGCUUGACCUGGAUGCCAUGGUACGUGCCGAAGCUGAAUUUGACACAGCGGAGGGGGAACUUAUUCGCACCAUUCUUUCGGAGCGAGAAGAGAAUCGUACGCCCCGGGUCGUUGAGGAUGUCGCUAGAUCCCCAUCUCCAGUGGUGGUGGUGGACAGAAUUGUAAAGUCAAACGAGGUAAAAAUUCUGCAUGCACUUUUACUGCGUCAUCUUUCUACGUUAAGUUCCGUUACGGAUGUGGUGAUAGAUGAUUUCAGGUCCAUUCUUACCGAGGAUCGGGAGGCGGUACUGAUUGCCAUCGAAAGAGCGGCUUCUGUAACAGGAAGGACACUGCAGAUCAUUUCUCUCGGUGUAAGUGAGGCAACAACCGGGCUUCGGCGUAGCCUUGACGUACAGAAGAAAUGUCGUGAAAUUGCGGAGGCGGCCAUAACGUUGCCCCUUACAGAAGAGGAAUAUGAGACUCUUGACGAGGAAGGACGUGAUGCGUACAACCGUCGUCUGUUGCACUAUAAUGCAUGUAAGCGGGCCCUUACUGAGGCCUCCAACGAGGUGUCACGCUACGAAGCGGAGCUGGAAAACAACCCACAGUUAACGGUCCAAGAGCAUGCGGAGCAAAAUAUCAUUGCAUUGGAAGAACAGGAGGCACUUAUCCGGUCAGCCUCGAGAAGUAAAAAAAAUGUGUCGG